GUCAGCUUUCAAUGUGUAUUUGUAUCCGAAACGGGCAACAGCAUGCGGUGGCAGCUCUCAAUUUUGCUGCUGGCUGCUGGCUUGUCGGUAGGCGCUGCUUAUCGUCUGCGUCGUCAGGUAAUUGCACCCACCUGGCUUAGGGAUCCUUUUGUUCUGCCCGCCUUGAAUGCCUCCAAGGUGGUAGUAACGCCGCAAAAUCUGAGGGAAACGGCUGCCAUACGCACAACAAUACAAAAGGCCGUCGCAGAGGACACCUAUGUGGUAGCUGCCAGCCCACCGCCGGAGCUUCAGACGCCAGUAGGCAGCAUAUGGCCAAUGCCAGUGCCAUUUGCACCAACACCGUUGUCCCAGCCAUGGAAUCUAGCGCUGCCAAUUUGGGGCAUAUUUAGCCUCUGGCCCACAAUGGGCUAGGCCUUUCGACAGAACUUUAAUUUACUACUCGAAUGAUAAUAACAAUAUUUAAAGUUAAGUACUACGUGGAAAUCGAAAACUGUAUACCUAGUAUUUCCGGCACGCAAGAAAGCAAGCACUCAUUGAUCGAAGAUAUGCGGAAGCCUGAGCAACUUCGAGCUGCGCCUCUUGAGAAACUGAAAGGAUUGGGAUUGAGAUCAUCAAUGUUUAGGAUUGGUUGUUGAUCAAAAUGCAAGCACUAACUGGAAUUUGUUAUGGUUUAUGUAUGGUUUUAUUGUGGUUUUCAAUCGAGUCAAAUCAAAGGAAUAGCAUCGGAUGUAUUAGAAUGUCGUACGAAAUUACUACAGUUCGAACAGUUCUUGAAACUACGUUGUCUUUUGUGUGCCGUAAGACGUUUUCAAUUCUGUCUAAAACCGUUUUGGCUGUACAAAAAAUCUUAUUAUGUUAAGUAAUUACUAUCCAUUCAGGUUUAGCUCUAUAUGCAAGCUACCGUUAACAAAAAAUUGCUCUAAAAUAUAUGUAUAUACUAUAGUGUGUCUUUAUGUGUGGGUAUGGGACCGCAAAUCAAUGUUAAUUACAUAUAACAUUUAUCUUGGGGAGAAACAAUUAUUGUGUUGAAUUUCGUGUUCUAUAACUA